GCGGCGAGGGCGUCGAUUCUGCGCUUACCCCUGACAAAGGACGCGCCGCUGCUCCGCAGGCAGGCAACCCGCAACACACAUCAACCACCGCUCACUCGCUUCUCUGCAGCCUCUCGAGCUCGUCGUCGCACUCGAAAAGACCCAAAAGCACUUCACAUUAAGACUAAAUGGCUGGUUCGUGCUCGUCCCUUCGUAACAUGCUGGUGGCCUGCGCCCUGUUGGCGGUGAUCGCCGUUUUGCUGAGCCCUUCGGAGGCUCGCUACCUUCCAACCAGGGGCCAGGACGACCGUCUCGACAGACUCAGGGAGCUCCUCAAAGACCUGCUGGAGGGUGACAUGGAGCGAGGCGUGAACCCGGCGCCCAACGCUUACGACAAGCGCUACUUCUUUAAACGGGAGGUCGGAGCCGCGGAGGGUCUCGUAGACAAACACUUUGACGACCAGAACUCCAAGGAACGACUCUUGAUGCCUCAUUAAAACGCGCCACUGUUAAAUUUCAAACUGAACUCCGAUCGAUUCAAGUUCAAACUUUUCCAACCUUCAAGUGAGUCAUUUUCGCCAACGUGCGAAAAUUUUAAUUCCAAAAACAAUUAACAAAAAGUAUUUUUAUUUUAUUGCUGAAAAAAAGUUUGAACUUGAUUAUCGGACGUGAUUAAAAUUUACGACUUCUCCUUCAACUCUUAUCUCUCAUUAAACAAACAGAAAAUUUUUCUGUCCACCUAAUAAACAUUCCAUGUGCAAAGAAUAUUAAAUGUCUAUAUUUCGACGGAGGCAACUCUGAACCGAUCGCUCCUCUCAUAUCAGUCGAAAGAAAACAGAAUUACAACGGCGAAGAUUCGCGUCCAAGUCAAUGGCUGGAAUCAAAAGCCGCGGAGGUUCAAAGUUGCUGCGCCCCUGAUAUUUUUCAGAAUGAAAAAAAGUGCUGUGUCUUUUUCUGAUAAUUUCCAGCACUUGUCUUUUUUCUGGUAGUGGUGCCGCAUCGCUCUCCAAAUAUAUAGAAAAUCCAACUGAUGUGAGUGUUUCUUCCGCUUCUGUCCGAUAAAUAAACUCAUUUUCUGCUGUAUAUAGCACCUUCA